AUGGACGCUCUCGGACUGCUCCCCCUUCGUGUAAGGCUUCGCGAGGUUUACAACCGCCCGCUCCCCCCGCGGCCUCCUCUACUGGAGCGCCUCCCUCCUCUCCAGCUUUACGACCCGGAACGCGCGGCGCGCGCGGUAAACGUGCUGGUACCCCCCCUGCCGCCCCUCCGCGCACUGCGCCACGCGGCGGUGGCGCGCGUAGUGGAGGAGGCGGCGCUUGGCGGCGGGGAGGCGCGGCUGGUAGUGGCACCACCGGGGGCGCCGCUACCGGGGCGUGUGCUUGUGGCUCUUGGGCUUGUACACCUUGUCCCCGUGCCGCGUGGGCAUGUGCACGAGGAGGCUGGGGCCUCCCUCCUCUCCUUCCCGAGCUGCUCCUGCUCCUCCCCCUCCCCCCACGCGUCCCUUGCCUCGAACCCCCGCUCCAGCUCACACCGCUCCUGCUCCUUCCCCCUCCUCAGCUCCUGCUCCCGCACCUCGAGCCUCCCCCACUCCUCCCCCAACCCCCACCUCUCCUCCCGCGGCUCCCUCUCCUGCCUCUCCCGCUCCCGCCCCUUCCCCUCCCUCAACCCCCUCUCCUCCUCCCGCUCCACGGGCGCGGCCUCCGGGUCCCGCCUCUCCCGCCUCCGCCGCCGCGGCCUCUCGGCCGCCUCCAGCCGCUUCCUCUCCCUCGCGGGCCUGCUCCGCAGCUGCUUCCGCCCGAACAGCCGGCCGCCCCCGCCCCGCUCCCUCUUCUCCUUAAGACCCUCCCUCCUUAGUCUCAGCGGCCGGCUCCCUCCGCCGCCCCCCCUCGUCUCCGACGCCUUCUACGGCCGGCGCCUCCUCUUGGGCGACGGCUGUAGAGGGUACGACGGCGAUCUUAACGAGAGACGAACGACGGCCCUGAGACUUUUUAUAUAA